GAGACAAUUGGAAUGGUCCCUGACGUCUAAAAAGGUCACUUCUAGUCACUACAAUGUAGACACAGGUCUAUUUCACUGUCAGUACAAGAGUAUAAAAAAGGGCCUGAGAGUCUGCUGAGGGCUACGGUGCAGACAUCAAGCCCUCCAACCAUGGGAAAGAUAAUCUUUUACGAAGGCCACAACUUCCAGGGUCGACACUAUGAGUGCAACAGUGACUGUGCUGACACGUUCAGACACUUCAACUGCUGUAACUCUAUCAGGGUGACCGGCGGUCACUGGGUGGCCUACGAGAAGCCCAACUUCAACGGCUACCAGUACAUCCUGAACCAGGGCGAGUACCCUGACCACCACCACUGGAUGGGCUUCAACAACUGCAUCCGUUCCUGCCAGAUGUUCCCCCCCUACAGAGGAGCCUACAGAAUGAGAAUCUACAACAGGCCUGAGAUGUCUGGUCACAUGAUGGAGUUCAUGGACGACUGCCCCAACGUGUAUGAGCGUUUCCGCCACCGUGACAUCUUCUCCUCCAACGUCAUGGAAGGCUACUGGGUGUUCUACGAGCACCCCAACUACAGGGGUCGUCAGUACUUCCUCCGCCCUGGGGAGUACAGGGCCUGCAACGACUGGGCCUGCCACAACCCCAUGGUGGGCUCCUUCAGGAGAAUGAGGAGUGGCCUGUAAGCUUCUCACAUCUGGACUGUAACAAAGUGAUUAAACGUGCUGGUUUUCAAA